GGAGAGUGUAAGAAGAAAAAGUCCUGAGAUAUUUGUCUAUAUAUGCUACUUCUUGACCCUUUCUUCUGCCUUUCGAGGAACCAGCGUAACCAGUUUAUCAUUUCAUAUCCAAGGCCGGCAGGCCAGCCACAGCGCAGCUCCCGUCCAGAGAGAAUAUUAAAAAUCUCUAUUCGCAUGGGAAAUUGUUGGGGGACUACUCCUGUCACUAACCAUAAUAGCCCCACCCCUACAAAGCCUUCUACUCCAGAAACAACAUGGAACCAGAGCAAAGAAAAUGGACUGGGGAGCAGAAGCAGCAGCCAGUGCAAGGCAAAAGAAGAUGACAAGAUUGGUAUGGGUAUGGAAAAGAAGGGAAAGGAUGAAGUAGAAAUGAUUCCUGCAAGUAGACAGAUUAUAUUGGCACCAAAGGUGUUCACUCUAGCAGAGUUGAAAAGUGCUACUAGGAAUUUUAAACCUAAUACUGUGCUCGGGGAAGGUGGAUUCGGCAGAGUUUUUAAGGGUUGGGUCGAUGAGAAGACUUACGCGCCAGCUAAAGUUGGCACUGGCAUGGCUGUAGCAGUCAAGAAAUCAAGCCCAGAGAGCUCUCAAGGCCUAGAGGAGUGGCAGGUAAUCCCCCCCCCCCCCUCCCCCGGAUGA